AUGGAUAGAAGAACGCCAUACUCAUUGAGUGUCCUCCAGCCUCAAGUUGGCGGUCCGGAGGAGCCACGCUCAAAAAUCCAGGCACAGUUGAGAGAGUUCAUCCUCGCCUUCCAGCUAGAUAAUACAUUCGUAUACAGAGACCAAAUUCGACAGAAUGUGCUCGUCAAAAAGUACUACUGCGACGUUGACAUCGCCCACCUCAUUGCAUACAACGAAGAGCUAGCCCAUAGACUUACUACAGAGCCAGCAGAUACAAUCCCACUUUUUGAAGCCGCUCUCAAGCAAUGUACCCAAAAGAUCGUUUAUCCCUCCGAAAGAAAUAUCGAACUCCCCGAACAUCAACUACUCCUCCACUCGAGUGUAUCCCACAUCACCAUUCGGGAUCUAAAUGCGACGAAUAUAUCCCACCUGGUUCGAAUCCCGGGCAUUGUAAUCGGAGCGUCCACAAUCUCGUCCAAAGCUACACGCCUCCAUAUUGUUUGCAAGAACUGUGGCGAGAGGGAAAAUAUCACAGUCGAUGGUGGAUUUUCUGGGGUCACCCUUCCAAGACAAUGCAAACGCCCCAAGGAAAAGGGCGAAGAUCAAUGCCCUUUAGAUCCAUAUGUGAUAGAGCACGAAAGGUCACAGUUCGUUGAUCAGCAGGUUCUCAAACUCCAGGAAGCUCCUGACCAGGUACCCGUCGGAGAACUUCCCCGACACAUCCUCAUAUCUGCAGAUAGAUAUCUUGCCAACCGGGUAGUACCUGGGUCAAGAUGUACCGUCAUGGGCGUGUUUUCAAUUUACCAAGCAAAAGGCUCGAAAAAUUCCACAAAGAGUGCCGUUGCCAUUCGAAACCCGUACCUGCGGGCGGUUGGGAUAAGCAGCGAUGUCGACCAUACAGCGAAGGGCAACUCUAUUUUUUCCGAUGAGGAGGAGCAAGAAUUCUUGGAAAUGAGCAGGCGUCCCGAUAUCUAUCAGGUAUUCGCCAAUUGCAUUGCUCCGUCAAUUUAUGGAAAUCAGGAUAUUAAGAAGGCUAUUGCAUGUCUCCUUAUGGGUGGCUCGAAGAAGAUUCUACCAGAUGGCAUGAAACUUCGAGGAGAUAUCAAUGUACUGCUGCUGGGUGACCCUGGUACUGCUAAGUCUCAACUGUUGAAAUUUGUGGAAAAGGUCUCUCCAAUAGCCAUCUACACCUCCGGCAAGGGUUCUUCUGCUGCUGGUCUUACAGCCUCUGUCCAACGGGAUACAACAACGCGCGAAUUCUAUCUAGAAGGCGGAGCAAUGGUUCUUGCAGACGGUGGUGUUGUGUGUAUCGAUGAGUUCGACAAGAUGAGAGAUGAAGAUCGAGUCGCCAUCCACGAAGCGAUGGAACAACAAACCAUUUCAAUUGCAAAGGCUGGCAUUACCACCAUCCUCAAUGCUAGGACGUCCGUUCUCGCUGCCUCGAAUCCAAUUUUCGGCCGGUAUGAUGAUUUGAAAACCCCGGGUGAAAAUAUCGAUUUCCAGACGACUAUCCUGUCACGUUUUGAUAUGAUAUUUAUCGUCAGAGACGAGCACGAAAAGGGCCGUGACGAGAGAAUCGCAAGGCAUGUCAUGGGUAUCCACAUGGGUGGUAGAGGGGUUGAGGAACAGGUCGAAGCUGAGAUCCCCGUCGAGAAGAUGAAGCGGUAUAUCAGCUAUUGUAAAUCUCGUUGUGCCCCCCGUCUCUCACCAGAAGCCGCAGAAAAGCUUUCCUCCCACUUCGUCUCCAUCCGCAAGCAGGUGCACAAAGCCGAACUGGACGCCAAUGCCCGCUCCUCAAUCCCUAUCACCGUCCGCCAACUCGAAGCCAUCAUCCGAAUCACCGAGUCCCUCGCAAAACUCACAUUAACCCCAAUCGCAACAGAAGAACAUGUCGAUGAGGCAAUUCGCCUUUUCCUCGCCUCUACCAUGGAUGCAAUCAAUCAGGGCGAUGGUCAGGGGAGCAAGGAGCUAAUGGCGGAAGUUGGUAAAGUUGAAGAUGAGUUGAAGCGUCGAUUGCCGAUUGGGUGGAGUACGAGUCUCGCUACGUUGAGAAGAGAGUUUGUUGAUGGAAGGAAUUACAGUGAGCAGGCCUUGAAUCGGGCAUUGCUUAUAUUGCAGCGGCGGGAUACAGUGCAGUUUAGAUCUGGUGGGUCGCAGAUUUAUCGUCAUGGGCCAUGA